AUGUCUGAUAUCUACGCUGAAAACAUGAGACGGCAUGAAGUCGAGUCUCCAAUAUCGGAUACCUCAUUCAUCCCUCCAUCGUCGUCAAACUCACCCCCCUCGCCCACAAUCGCAGAUAUCGGCACCGGCACAGGCCUUUUUCUAUCUCGACUCGCACCGAACUAUCCCGGUGCAAUUCUCCACGGCUUCGAUAUAUCUCCUAAUCUAUAUCCACCACCAGAUUCCCUACCUCCACAAAUUUCCCAAAGCAUCUUGGAUAUCAAUGACCCCCCAUCCUCAUCCCUACAUAAAAAAUACGAUCUCACCCACAUCCGUCUCCUCGCCGCCGGCAUUAAACCCCCCAGAAUAGAAACCCAUCGUGCGGAAUCUCCUCACGCUUCUCAAACCCGGUGGAGCCAUUCAAUGGGAAGAAUGUAA